GUACCAAGUGCGGGGCUUCUUGUUCAUACCUUAUUUGAGUUGAGGUCUUCCUAACUCGGUCGGGAUAGGGUCGGCGAGCGCGGUCUAGGGAGCGAGGAGCGCCGCCGCGGCUGAGCCGGGACCGACCGAGCCGGGGUGAGGGAGCUGGUAACUGGGACCUCCCCCUCCGCAGAUGGGCCAGUGGUUCAGUCCAACAUGGCUGCCACCAUGAAGAAAGCGGCUGCUGAAGAUGUCAAUGUUACUUUUGAAGAUCAACAGAAAAUUAACAAGUUUGCAAGAAAUACCAGUAGGAUUACAGAGCUGAAAGAAGAAAUAGAAGUUAAAAAGAAACAACUUCAGAAUUUGGAGGAUGCAUGUGAUGACAUGAUGAUGCUUGAUGAUGAUGAUUCCAUACUGAUACCCUAUCAGAUUGGUGAUGUCUUUAUCAGUCAUUCCCAAGAUGAGACACAAGAGAUGCUGGAGGAGGCAAAGAAAAACUUACAAGGAGAAAUCGAAGCGUUAGAAUCUCGAGUGGAAUCAAUUCAGAGGGUAUUAUCUGACCUGAAGGUUCAGCUUUAUGCAAAAUUUGGAAACAAUAUAAACCUUGAGGCUGAUGACAGUUAGUUUUUUUUUUUUUUUUUCCUAAAUACACAGUAUGCAGUUUUUUGUAUUGGUUUAUUAAAUGUGACUCUUGACAUUUCCCUUCUUUCUAAUAAUGUUUUUUAAAAAAUCCGGCUCAUUUAUUGUUUUAUGGCUUUCUAGUCAUGAGUUCCACCUAAUAUAAUGAAAGCUUUCUUAUUUUGCUUACCUACAAUUAUUUAUUUGUUUCAGGAAAAGCAAUAGCCUUCCAUGUAUUGCUGAUGCACAUCAAAAUUGAGAUCUUUACAUUCUCUUUAUUAAAAUAAUAAUAAAGUCAAGCAAAUACCAUA